AUGGCCUGCGCAGAGAUUUGCGUGGAGACCAUCACGUGUGACCAGACCACAGCUUCCCAAGCAUUCACCAACCUUCAGCUCAGCUACCGCGGAGCUGAGCGUCAAGCACCAAGUGUGCUGACCUUGGCGCUCACCUUCAGCCACGUCAUGGCUUGGAAGGCAGACCGCGGGCUCCACAGCCCUGAGAUGAACACCGAGGAGAGGCUCCGCGCGGUGGUCAACGAGUUCAACGGAGGCACCAUCGCAAAGUGGCACACCGACGACGACAAGUUCAAGGCAGUGCUCAACCUCCUCAUCGGCUCCAGCCCAGAGGCCCGCCAGGUGAUAGCCAACCACUUGAACUACCACAAGUGGACCCAGAGCGCGUUCACCUCCGAACUUCUCAGGUCAACAAGGUGGCUGCUGGGCGCCACAUGCAAGAACGGCACUGCCUACAUCAAGAACAUCUUGACGGUGACCCACGAGUCACAGGUGGACAUGCUGCGAGGUUACGUUGCGUGGUUCAAUCACCAGACCAGGCGGGUGAAGGCUGCCAGCCGAGCCAAGCUCCGCCUUGACACAAAGGAGUGGGAGCGCCUCGUGGACUACUCCUGCGUCAUGACUGCCAUCCGCAACGAAGCUGGCAAGGUUCACUCCGGGGAACGGCUGGCAGAGGUGCAGUCUAUGCUGCACACUGCAUUCAUGGCCAGGGACUACUACGCGGAGAUUUUGGCGAGCCUCGAUUCCGCGCUGACAAACUGGAACGUCAGACACCUCACCCUGUGGGGCGAGCUGGUGGAGAUCCAGGCACCGGAGUCUGUCCCGACAGAGGCUGACAUGGAGGCCAUGGAGGAGGCCACCCUGGCUGCCCAAUUCCAAGAAGUUCGCAGCAAAAUCUCGAUGGACGAGCUUGCGUGGGUCCGCUACAAGAACCAGGAGAAGAAGAAACUUGCCAGGGAACACAUCAUUGCGGUGACGCACGGCAAGGCCCAAAACGACAUCGGUAAAGGGCUUGUUGAGGGCUACAUGGAGAAGAUGUGUUGCAUCAACCUCGUACCUGACAGCUCCAGCGUGCCCAAUUUGGACGCCUGGAUCCGGCAAGCUGCUGGGGAGUUGAAGGUCAAGCAAGACGAGCUUCUGACAGUUGUCGUCACCGACUACAGCAAACUGGGCUCAGCUGCGUUGAUCGUGGCCCCCUUGCUUGCCGGGGCUUCUGCCGGUGGCUCUCUGCGUAGAGACUACAGAAACAUCGAAGACAAGGUCGUCCAACACCGUAUGGAGUUGCGCGACUUGCGGCUGGGCCUUGACAUGGGCGGCCUGCACGGCAACACGGACCGGCCGGGCUACUUUCAGGCCUGGCUGGCAGUGCCUGACGCCUUCCUGCCCCUCAAGGGCACAGGGCACCGGGUCUCCCGCGCGGACGACAAAGAGCAGCUGAAAGCUGCCAAAGUCAGCGAUUUUGCGGCUUCCGAGCUUUGGCGGUUGCAGGGCUUUGCGGCGGACAGCUUGCCCAGUGCCUUGCCCGAAGCAAGCUUCGUGGUGCCGUCAGCCAGGGCCACGCUUAGCGGCAACGAGAGCCGCAAGAAUUUCACGGACGUCCAGGAAACGGCCCAGUGGCUGGCAGGGGAAGAGGCGUACUGCAAAGUCCUGAAAAGUCUGUUCAGAUUUAAACUGAAGCGUGCUGUGGUGAUUCACACCACUGCCUACUGUGGCUCCCUGGAACGCGCUUGUGUUCAAUUGGGUGUGCCGGUUUGGUCGUUGACCGACAAUUCGGUGUGCCACUCCUAUGCCGCCAUGACUGUGGCGAACAUGCUGCUGCAGGCCGGGCCACUGCAAUAG